CCUCCCCAAUUCCAAAGCUUCGUACAUCUGCUCCUCCUCCUCCAAUGGCGUUCUCGACGCAGCUCGCGCGCUUCUCCCCAGGCCUCCUCGUCCCCGGCGCCGGCACCGGACCCCGCGCCCGACCCGGCGCCAGGAUCCCGGUCUCCGUCCGCUGCGCCGCCGCCCCAGCCAGCGCCGGCGAUGGAUCGGCAGCCGCCGCCGCCGCCGCCCUGGAUUCCGAGUUCGACAAGAAGGCCUUCCGCCACAACCUCACCCGCAGCGAGAACUACAACCGCCGCGGCUUCGGCCACAAGAAGGAGACGCUCGAGCUCAUGAGCCGCGAGUACACCAGCGAUGUUAUUAAGACGCUGAGGGAGAACAACAACGAGUACACCUGGGGGGAGGUGACGGUGAAGCUGGCGGAGGCGUACGGGUUCUGCUGGGGGGUGGAGCGCGCCGUGCAGAUCGCGUACGAGGCGCGGAAGCAGUUCCCCGAGGAGCGAAUCUGGAUCACCAACGAGGUCAUCCACAAUCCCACCGUUAAUAAGAGGUUAGAGGAAAUGGAAGUUAAAAACAUUCCUGUCAAGGAUGGAGUAAAGCAAUUUGAUGUUGUCGAUAAGGGUGAUGUCGUGAUUUUGCCUGCAUUCGGAGCUGCUGUGGAUGAGAUGUUCACUUUGAGUGAGAAAAAAGUGCAAAUAGUUGAUACAACUUGUCCAUGGGUGUCGAAGGUAUGGAACACUGUGGAGAAGCACAAGAAGGGUGAUUAUACCUCAAUUAUUCAUGGUAAAUAUUCUCAUGAAGAGACUAUUGCCACAGCCUCUUUUGCAGGAAAGUAUAUUAUUGUCAAGAACAUGUCAGAGGCAAUGUAUGUAUGUGAUUACAUUCUUGGAGGUACACUUGAUGGAUCUAGCUCAACAAAAGAGAAGUUCCUUGAGAAAUUCAAGUUUGCAGUUUCGUCAGGAUUUGAUCCUGAUGUUGAUCUAGUGAAAGUAGGCAUUGCAAAUCAAACUACAAUGCUCAAAGGCGAAACUGAAGAAAUCGGCAAACUGGUUGAGAAGACUAUGAUGCAAAAGUAUGGAGUUGAGAAUAUCAAUGAGCAUUUCAUUAGCUUCAAUACUAUUUGUGAUGCGACUCAGGAAAGACAAGACGCGAUGUAUAAGCUUGUGGAAGAAAAACUGGACCUAAUGCUUGUAGUUGGUGGAUGGAACUCCAGCAAUACCUCACAUUUGCAAGAGAUUGCGGAACUGAAAGGGAUUCCCUCAUAUUGGGUUGAUAGCGAACAAAGAAUCGGACCUGGAAACAGAAUAAUGUACAAGCUAAACCACGGAGAGCUUGUAGAGAAAGAAAACUGGCUACCUCUCGGCCCCAUCACAAUCGGAGUAACUUCAGGCGCUUCUACCCCUGAUAAGGUUGUGGAGUUGGUCCUUAACAAAGUCUUCGACAUCAAACGCGAAGAAUCCUUGCAGGUAGCCUGAUAUUUGAGGGCUCGGCUACACGGAUGGUGCCACCGAAAGGUAUUUAACAGAGUAGUAUAUAACACCGCAUUGUACAACACCAAACCGGGCGAUACGCCCUUUGCGAUGUAAGCAGAUACUGUGUCCAAGAAUUAAUUGAUUUAAAAGCAAGCGGCAAGUUUUUCUCUCCA